UGAAAUUUUUACCAACCUAACCAACAAAAAUUAACAGCUGUUAAAUGACAGCUGGUCAGCUUAAAAACUCAUAUAUAAAUAUUCGACAAUUCAUGAGAUUUGUUAUGGCAGUUUUAUCUCUUCUUGACUGAUGCAGGAUAGCUCUUACGUGAAACUUUUAUAAGAUUAUCAAAAAGAACUAGCACUCUGUGCCAUUGAGAAGAAUAAUGUUUUCAGCUUUUAAGCGCUUGGCUGGAAAAUCAGAUGUGCCUGGAAAUGCAUCUCCAAGGCAGGCACAUCAAUCUAUGCCUACGACGUUACAGAGAAAAUUUGCAAAAGGAGUGCAAUAUAAUAUGAAAAUAAUCAUCAAGGGAGACCGUAAUGUAGGGAAGACAUGCUUGUUCCAUAGACUACAGGGUCAAAAAUUUAUAGAGGAAUACAUUCCUACAGAGGAAAUACAAGUAGCUAGUAUUCAAUGGAAUUAUAAAGCGACUGAUGACGUUGUGAAGGUCGAGGUUUGGGACGUCGUUGAUCGUGGAAGACGUCGUAGGAAGCUAGAUGGUUUGAAAAUGGACAAUGCACCUACGGAGAACAUAAUUGAAGAACCAGCAUUAGAUGCUGAGUUCCUAGAUGUUUAUAAAGGCACAAACGGUGUCAUUGUCAUGAUGGACAUCACUAAAACAUGGACCUUUGACUAUGUACAACGCGAACUUCCGAAAAUACCAGAUCACAUACCAGUAAUUGUAUUAGGCAACCAUUGUGAUAUGUCUCAUCAUAGGUCAGUUACUGCGGACCAUGUUACUUAUUUCAUCGACUCCUUACAAGGCAGAAGCGCACAAAUUAGAUACGCAGAAUCGUCAAUGAGAAAUGGAUUUGGUUUAAAGCUUCUGCACAAAUUUUUCAAUCUUCCAUUCCUUCAACUGCAACGCGAAACGCUGGUUAAGCAACUGGAAACAAACGAGGAAGAGACACGCUUAACCGUCCAGGAACUUGAUCUUUUCCAAAACAGUGAUGACGCCGAUUAUAAUAAGUUCCUGGACAAUCUCGUAAAUAGAAGAAGAGCCAUUGCGGAUUCAGUCUCUGCUACUGUUCUUGUACCAAAUGUCACGUCCUCCCUUAGUAGCCACCAUAUUUCACCUUCCAGCAGUUCUGCCAAUAUUAAUAUGCUAGAGGUGAGACGUUCUGCUUCAAUGCCAGGUCCCAUAGGAGGUGGUACUCCAAUUCCAGUGAAGAGUUUAGAUUUAAAGUCUCUACCAAAGAAGGAGAAUCUAUUACCAAAAUCUUCUGAGAAUUCAUCAACAGGAGUGAAAGCCUCCCAAUCGAUAACUGCUCUACAGAAUAUACAAAAUGUUCCAAAGCUGGAAAUUGUUAAACCAGUAGAAUCCGUAACAGAUGUUUUAGAUAGACGGGAUUCUGGAAAUCUAAAACAGCAAUCCUUUAUGUCAAAGAUAUUUGGUAAUAAAAAAGAUGACGAGACAGAGCGGAUACCUGAUGUAGGCGGAGUUAACUUGAACGAACCCAUCAUCAGUGUAGAAGAUUUUGUACCAGACGACGGUAUGUUGGACAGAUCCUUCUUGGAUGAUAAUAAUCAAACACCCAAAAAAACUCAACAUGAGCCAAUUGAUUCAGAAAGUGAUACAGAGACUGGUAAUCCUCUGGUUGCCGGUUUCGAGGAUGACUUGUCAUCAGCUGAUGAGGCACCCACACUGGUCCCACCAAAAUUAGCUGAAAAUCCAUUAAGCAAACAAAAGCACAAGCACGAAUCUCUAGCAGGACCAGAAAUAAACUUCGAAGAAAAGGCUCAGCAGGUCGUUAAGCGUGAUUCAGUGUCGUCCAUCGAACAAGAACUUCAUGUAUCUAAUGAAUUCGAAUCAAACGAUCAGCAAGAUGGAAAUUCAGACGCGUUUGACAGUUGGCUCAGUAGAGAUUCGAAAUGGCGACAGAGUCCAGAAGGUGGUGAGGACAUCAGUAGCACCAGCACAAGGAAAGACCGUUUGGAAUUAAGUGACAAGAGUCUGGAUGUCAGCAUGACAAGUUCCAACGUUCAUCUCGAGUUGUUAGAUAGCACAAGUAUGCGACAAAUGAGUUCUAAUGGUAGUAGCCCAGUAAUGAAAGAGAAAAAGAAGCACAAAGAGAAGAGUGAAGACAAAGAGAAGAGAAAGAAGAAAAAGUCCAAGGACAAAGAGAAGGAUAAGGAAAAGUCUGAGAAAGCAGAGAAAAAGAAGAAGCAACGAUCUUUUAGACGUUCCAGGGAUGAGAAUCGCGAACGAGAUGAACUCGAGGAAUUUUUAAAUGGCUCUGCUACAAGACUUGGCGUUGAUACGGCAUACGAGGCAAUAUAGCCUUACGAUAUGGUCAGAAGCCUGAAGUGGCCCAACUUCAAAUCCACUUCUUUCUCUGACAUUUAAUCAUUGAUUUGCUUCCGGGUGUUUAUUACUCGUUUGGUAGUGAUAAAACGGAUCUAUCGAACAUUACUGAAUUAAUAGGAGACUAUUGUUCAUUGCUAAUCGAAUUGUAGGUAUUAUUAUCAAAGGGGUAUAAUGAUAACUUGAUCUCAAAAUGACGGCACAUUCUUCAAAGUAAAUGAGUUCAAUGAAAAGUCACGGGAAGUCUCGGUAAUGCUAUUUAAAAGAGGCUUGUAUAAUCAAAAGGGCAGUAAUUAUUAACCUAUCGCGUAUUUGAGAAUUUCUAUUUAAAUCACUUGUCGGACUCUCUUUUUCCUAUAUAUCUCUUUGUCGAAAAUCUUAUUCCAUUUGUCAUCUUUGUGUAAGUUAUUAAUCUAAAUGCACCAAGUUUUAUGUCGUUCUAGAAUUAUACAGAAUGUAUCUCUUAAUUGUUUCGGAAACUCCAGAGUCCAUUCAGCGUGUAUUAUCUGUGGCACAUGUCUUAGCUCGAAACGUUCUCUCCUAAAAAAAAUUCAUAAGUGGUAUACCUGAAUGAACAUUUUCUGACAUUUUUUAAUCUUACUAUUUAAAACCACACUACAUAUUAUUAUAUGCUAUCAAUUUGCAUGUGUCAUUCAGCUGUUAAUUGUUUCUGUUGACAAGUAUUUUUUUUUCUUUCCUAUAAAAUCUCUUCAAUCCCGGUGUCGCGUCCUUUAAAAUCUUGACUAUCCUAAUAUUUUAUCGUAACACGCGACGUAACAUUGUAAAUCUCUGUAAGAUUAUUGCAGACUCAUGUUAAUAAAUGUAUAUUGUAUAUAUAAAUGUA